GGCGGGCGCGGAAAGCGCGUCACGUGACGACUGGCCCGCCUCUUCCUCUCGGUCCCAUAUUGAACUCGAGUUGGAAGAGGCGAGUCCGGUCUCAAAAUGGAGGGCCAUGAUCCAAAGGAACCAGAACAGUUGAGGAAGCUGUUUAUUGGUGGUCUGAGCUUUGAAACCACAGAUGAUAGCUUAAGAGAACAUUUUGAGAAAUGGGGCACACUUACAGACUGUGUGGUAAUGAGAGAUCCCCAAACAAAACGUUCCAGGGGCUUUGGUUUUGUGACCUACUCUUGUGUUGAAGAGGUGGAUGCUGCAAUGUGUGCUCGGCCACACAAGGUUGAUGGGCGUGUGGUGGAACCAAAGAGAGCUGUUUCUAGAGAGGAUUCUGUAAAGCCUGGUGCCCAUUUAACCGUGAAGAAAAUUUUUGUUGGUGGUAUUAAAGAAGAUACAGAAGAAUAUAAUCUGAGAGACUACUUUGAAAAGUAUGGCAAAAUCGAAACCAUAGAAGUUAUGGAAGACAGGCAGAGUGGAAAAAAGAGAGGAUUCGCUUUUGUAACUUUUGAUGAUCAUGACACAGUUGAUAAAAUUGUUGUUCAGAAAUACCACACUAUUAAUGGGCAUAAUUGUGAAGUGAAAAAGGCCCUUUCUAAACAAGAGAUGCAGUCUGCUGGAUCACAGAGAGGUCGUGGAGGUGGAUCUGGAAACUUCAUGGGUCGUGGAGGAAACUUUGGAGGUGGUGGAGGUAAUUUUGGUCGUGGUGGAAACUUUGGUGGAAGAGGAGGCUAUGGUGGUGGAGGUGGUGGCAGCAGAGGUAGUUAUGGAGGUGGUGAUGGUGGAUAUAAUGGAUUUGGAGGUGAUGGUGGCAACUAUGGUGGUGGUCCUGGUUACAGUAGUAGAGGAGGCUAUGGUGGUGGUGGUGGACCAGGAUAUGGAAACCAAGGUGGUGGAUAUGGUGGUGGUGGAGGAGGAUACGAUGGUUACAAUGAAGGAGGAAAUUUUGGUGGAGGUAACUAUGGUGGUGGGAACUAUAAUGACUUUGGAAAUUAUAGUGGACAACAGCAAUCAAAUUAUGGGCCCAUGAAAGGGGGCAGUUUUGGUGGAAGAAGCUCAGGCAGUCCCUAUGGUGGUGGCUAUGGAUCUGGUGGUGGAAGUGGUGGAUAUGGUAGCAGAAGGUUUUAAAAAAAAAGCAGAAAAGGGCUACAGUUCUUAGCAGGAGAGAGAGCGAGGAGUUGUCAGGAAAGCUGCAGGUUACUUUGAGACAGUCGUCCUAAAUGCAUUAGAGGAACUGUAAAAAUCUGCCACAGAAGGAGCGAUGAUCCAUAGUCAGAAAAGUUACUGCAGCUUAAACAGGAAACCCUUCUUGUUCAGGACUGUCAUAGCCACAGUUUGCAAAAAGUGCAGCUAUUGAUUCAUGCAAUGUAGUGUCAAUUAGAUGUACAUUCCUGAGGUCUUUUAUCUGUUGUAGCUUUGUCUUUUUCUUUUUCUUUUCUUUACAUCAGGUAUAUUGCCCUGUAAAUUGUGGUAGUGGUACCAGGAAUAAAAAAUUAAGGAAUUUUUAACUUUUCAAUAUUUGUGUAGUUCAGUUUUUCUACAUUUUAGUACAGAAACUUUAACAAAAAUGCAGUUUUGAAGGUGUUUCCUUGUGAGUUAACAAGUAAAGAAGAUCAUUGUUAAUUACUAUUUUGUAUGAAUUUUGCUAAAGUUAACUGUAAAGAAACACCUACUGACUUGCAAUUUAAGGGGAAUCUAUUCUCCCCAUUUCCAAAACCAUGAUGAAUGGGCGCUGAUAUGUGGAGAGAAUAGAUAUCUGUAUGUUUGCUAUGUGUGUUUUAGAUAAUUAGGAUUGGGUAAUAAAAAUUAGCAUAUUUGUGAAUUUAAUAGCAUUAAGAUUACUUUCAAAUGAAAAAGAUCUCAAAAGUUCCUAUUUGGUUUUUGUGCAUUUUCUUUCGAAAUGUAAUCAUAAUUUUAGUAUGUUAGAGUCCUAGCCGUGUUAAGAACAUCUCCAUUCCACAUUUACCUUGAUCACAUUGAAACUGCUGCCAAUAGUUUGGGGUAUAAAGUGUUUACACUGCCCUCUACAAAAGGGUGGUGGAUGUAUUUCAUCUCCCAGUUUAACAGUCUUUUUAAUACAGGACCACUAAGUCUGCUGUGUCUGAGCAAACUGGUGGAUGCCUGGUCUGUUCUGCUUUUUAAAAUUCCAAGUCCCAAGCACAUUGACCUAGUCACUUCCUUGGUUUAGUCUCCCCCUACACACAGCUUUUCAGGGCAUAGGAAUAAAAGUCACUCAUUUGAACCCCUCACUGGCUGGCAUGCUUUUCUGUUUAUACCCUAUACAUUUUGCUGGAUGAUGAAGCCAAGGAUAGUUAGGGUGUCAUUGUCCAAAACAAAGCAGCAGAAAAUGUAGCAUAGUUACUUAGUAUAAGCACCUCACUUCCCAAAGGUCUGAAUUCAAAUUUGGAUAGCCCUGAAUGCUUAAAUCCCCAAAGAACAUACGGUUAUUCUUUGUAUAUAUUCCAUCCUAAAACAUGUUGGUGUUUGUUCAGAGACCCUGGUUGAGGAGAGUUCUAGAUACUAAGGUCAUAUAUAUGAAAAAUGUCUACUGUUGCGCCCGCCAGCUAGUGCUUAACAACUUCAUUCAAGCCCUAAGUGUGUGCUCUGCUGUUGCUUUCUUUGGCAGUUGAACAUUGAAUUCAAAUUUUUACUUGGUUUUUGAAGUACAAGCAAAACAAGCAAUAAAAUGGGGAAUGGGUCGUGCUAGUGUUUGAAUAUGCUCUCUUGUUGCUCUAAUUCUGUGCCUCUGUGCAUUAUUAAUAUUUGGAUGCAUGCAAUGCUAGCAUGGAACUUUGGUCUUCACAAAUACUGCAGUUUUUCCAGAAAACAUUCACAAACCAAUAAAUGUAACAGACAACAUUCCAUUUGUUAAUGGGCAUAUGUGAAUAAGCAGUGUAGAAAAUAGGCUCAUGUUAGAAAAUGGUUACAUCUUUCAUAACUAGGCUCAUGUUACAAAAUGGUUACAUCUUUCAUAACUAAAGUGUGGUUAUAUAAAUGGACACUGUCAAUGUUCAUAGUUUAAACCUGGGUACCUGGUCAAAAUGCUUAGGAAAUAUUAAAACUGAGCUAAAUUGUCUCAAGUCCUUUUAUUCAUAUAAUAAAGAUUGAAAGAAUUGGGGAGGUAA